UGUCCGUUCGCUUGCCCCCGAAUCGUGAUUAGGAUAUGUUGCUGUCUCUACGGCCAGACGUGGAGAACGGUUUGACUAUUUUGCCCCCGCCGCGUGAGUUGCCAAACGAUUUCUGACACUCCUGUUGCCGCCGCCGCCCGCCGCCGACGGCGAUAGAUUUGGGGAUGGAUUUGGGCUCGUGCUACCUCGGCGGGAACGCCGACGCGGUGGAGUUCUGCCCACACCGCCCGUUCCGCCACGUGCUGGCCGCCGCCACCUACACGCUGCAGGAGCAGGAGCGCGACCGGGCGGGCACCAUAUCCAUCUUCUCCGUUGACGCCGCCUCGGAGGACGCGUCCCGGAGGCUCCAGCUGCUGCAUACUGUGGAGACCGCCGGCAUCUUUGAUAUGAAGUGGAGCCCCAAGUCGCCGCUGCUCGCGCAGGCCGAUGCCCACGGCCGCCUCGCGCUCCGGCGCCUUGAGCAGGAGGACGGCUCGGACACAGAUAUUGUCUUCAACGAUGUCUCUGCUGAAGAUAUUUCUUCUUCAAUGUGCUUGUAUGUGGACUGGAACCAAACUGCUGAGUCUCUGUCUGUUGGAUUAUCAGAUGGCUCACUGUCUGUGGUUUCAGUCAGAGAGGACCGGCUGGAGAUAUCAGAACAGUGGACUGCACAUCAGUUCGAAGUCUGGACAUGUUAUUUUGAUCGUACAAGGCCACACUUGCUGUACAGUGGAUCAGAUGACUGUUGUUUCAGUUGCUGGGACUUGAGAGAAAGCCCGCCAAACAUUGUUUUUCAAAACAAAAAGUCUCAUAAGAUGGGCGUCUGUUGUAUUGCACAGAAUGCAUUGGAGGGGAACAUGCUACUUACUGGGAGUUAUGAUGAAUUUCUCAGAGUUUGGGACAUGAGAUUUAUGGCAAAACCUGUCAAUGAAAAGUUGAUAAAUCUAGGAGGUGGUGUGUGGAGGAUGAAGUAUCAUCCUAAUAUUGCAGAUGUUGUAUUGGCUGCGUGCAUGCACAAUGGGUUUGCCAUUGUUAAAGUAGGUUCUGGAGAUGCUAGGAUAAUGGAAACAUAUUGCAAGCAUGAGUCCUUAGCAUAUGGUGCAGAUUGGCAGAAAAGUGAACAGGUGGAGCAGAAUGGAAAUUCUUCAGUUGUUGCUACUUGUUCGUUUUAUGAUCGCCUUCUCCGUGUGUGGCAACCAGAGAAUCUAGCUGAGCUUUAAAGCAUAAAGCUUCAUUGUACUCAAUUCAAGCAUGACUACGCCAUGAAGUUAUUACCUCAAUGAACCAGUAUAAUUUCAUUCAGGUAGCUCUUUCAACUUAUGCUUACUUACUGAAGUCAUGCAUGAGCUUAUAGGGGACUUUAUGCUUGUUUUCAAUUAGGCUCAUUGAUAUUAGUAUUUGUUACCAGCUUCCUCACUGCAAAACCUUGAAUUUUUCUUUUGAUGCUAUAUAAUCGAUUAGAAAAUUGUUUUUUUUUGUGGUCUAGAUAUCAGAAAAACAUACUUGACCGGAUUCUUUUCCAACUGGCUCAAAGAUGUCUGUGUUCUUUAUCCUGUUUAUGACGUACAAAAGAAAUGCUCAUUGGAUUACCACAACUGUAUUCAUGGAGAAUGGACACAGUUUGAUGUUUGGCAACUGAUGUGACAUCACAAAUGCUCUCUCUGUAGGCUACCAGUUUUUCAAGCUUGUGAUGUGGAUUGCACUUGGUAGCUUCAUAGAUUUUUUUUUUGUGCCAAAUUAUCUGUGGACAUGGUUAUUUCCUCUCAAUUGGCAACUCUCUUUUUUUUCGGGUUCAGAAACUAGCAUCUGAAAUGAAGGAAAACUAGCAAUGGCCGUGGUUUUUGAAAAAAA